UUUUCACUCUGUUUCCCCUCUGUUGCUUGUUGUUCAGCUAAUGAAGUAGGUCUUAUUUCUCUGCCUGAUUUUUUUUUUUUUUGUUCAGAAUGGGUGGGUGGAUGGGGGUGCUAGGUAGAAAUUUCAGUAUCGUUUGUAUCAUCUGUUAUUGAGUAUGGAAUUAAAGAAAACGCCAUCAGUAUAUGUAUUUAUGAAAAGAUUCAAUGGGUCCUUUGACAGUCUCCGACUGCAGGGAUUGGAAAAGCAAGAGAUUUGUCUAUUGCAGAAGAAAUACAGAACUGUUGCUUUAUUAUGUGACAAAGUGCCUUUGACAGCAGUUUUCUAAUAAUGAUGUGAUUUAUGAUUUAAAAGGCCUGAACCAAUAUGGAUGUUAUUCCUUGCAUCAGACGUAUAGCACCAACACCUAAUUAGGUCUCUCCUGAGCCCAAAGUCUCACUGAGCCCAACCCCUUUGAUGAUGCUGUGUGUGUUUGGAGAUAAAUGAUAUAACAUUAAACUCAAGGUGAUUGAGUCUCAAGCAGUAGGGAGGCGGAAGCAAGCCCAGGAAGCGUCUCUCUCUGCAGGAGUGUGGGGCGCUCCCGAGCCACAGAUCCCCCGGGACGCACAGAAGACUCCGGAACUGUACUUGCUUUGUUGGGGUUCAUGCACUCUGUCCUGUGGAUCUUGUUGCCAUGAGCAAAAAAAAAUAAAUAAAAAGUGACUCUCAAGAUCGUAUCGUGGGGGGAAUAAUGAAAAAAAAAUGAACGAGAGAAACAAAAAGAGACAAAAUGAAACACGAGAAUCAAAAAACCUUCAGCGAAACGGGAUAGGGAAGUGGCUGUGAGACAUUUGGUCAGUUAACCCUUUGAAGACAGAGGUCGCAAAUAUAAGGGUGGUUUUUUUGUUUUGCAUCCUACAGAUCUGGUAAAUGAUGCUAUUAGUUGUGAAAGGCUCAGAACAUAGACAAAUGCAUGCCAUUGUAUUUUUAUUUUUUUGUUCUGUCUCAAUGGUCAGCUAGCCCCAAUUCAUAGGAUUUCCAAAGGUUUAAAAAUGAGUUUAGUGUCAGUGGAAGAAAGUGGUUGUGUAGGAAAGGAGCAGUGAAGCACAGAAUUGUAAGUCAACAAAGGGUUAAUAGACCGUAGUACUAUUUGUCUCUUUUGGAAGGUGAGGUGAAAUAGUCAUCUUGAGAGAUAGACCUAAAGUAGAAGACUUAAGUCAUAUAGUUGUUUUUGUCUUUAGGUGUAGUUUAGAAAGCUCUGGGGGAGGCGGAAGCCAUACCCCACCAAACCCCCUGGUGUUCCCUUCCUGCACUAAGUGGCGUGUCUGUCUUCGCCCCCUUGUAUCUAUGUUGCAGAACCCGGACAGCAAAAUGAUGCAGAUCAACUUGACGGGGUUCCUGAACGGGAAGAACGCGCGGGAGUUCAUGAGAGACCUGUGGCCCCUCCUGCUCAGCGCCCAGGACAACAUCGCUGGCAUUCCCACUGCGUUCCUGGAGCAGAAGAAGGAGGAGAUCAAACAGAGACAGAUGGAGCAGGAGAAGCUGGCCUCUCUGAAGAAGAUGGACGAGGAGAAGAAGGAGAAGGAAAAUAAGGAAAACCGAGAAAAGGCCCAGUCCAGGAGCCCCAGAAGGAGGAAGUCCAGGUCGGCGUCGCCCCGGAGACGUUCCCCAGCGAAGCGAGACAGAAAGCGGAGCCACUCCCGCUCCCCGCGGCGCAAGCCCAGCCCCGUCGUGACCUCCCCACCUCCAGUGCUGUCCAAAAACCCUCAGGAGCCCCUGCCGGAACCUGACCAAUCAGAGAGCGCCCAGCCUCAGCCACUUGUACAGGAGGCCUCCUCCACCAGCGACAUGGUGAAAGAGGUCAGAGCGGACUCUGUGCUGGAGGCGAAGGAGCCGUCUCCAGAGAAGCCCCAGAGGAAGGAGGAGAAGAGCCGGCCGAGGGAACGCGAGAAGGACGGCCGCCGGGACAGGCCGCGGCACCGGUCCCGCUCCCGAUCCAAAUCACGCUCGCGCUCCCGCUCACACUCGCGCUCCCGCCGGAGGCCCCGGUCCCGCUCCAGGUCCUACUCCCCCCGGCGGAGGCAGAGUCCCAGGAGGCGUGUGUCACCCCGGCGGAGGAGCCCUCCCCGACGCGCCCCCCCUGCCCCCAGACAUCGCCGGAGCCGCUCCCCUGUCAGGAGGAGGCGCUCUCCCUCUCCAUCUUCCUCCGGCAGCAGUUCCUCCUCUUCCUCCUCGCGUUCUCCACAGAAAAAGGCUAUGAAGCGUGUGUCAAACACACCCCCACGCAAGCCUCGCCGUGUGGACCCCUCCUCCAGCCCCUCCAGGAGGCGAGGAAGGACCCCUCCGCCCCCUGGGGGGAGCUCCCCCUCCAAGGGCAGGCGCUCCUCCUCUCCCCGAGCCAGGAAGGGCCGCUCUUCUGCCUCUCCAUCCAGGUCCUCAGGUUCAAAAAGAAAACCGGGCGCAAAGAAUGAAUCUCCGUCACCAGCGCCGAAACCCAGACGGUCUGAACCGUCGGAAUCCGAGGAUGAUAAAGGUGGGAAGGGGGCUACAGCAGAUUCUGUGCAGCAGCGACGUCAGUAUCGCAGGCAGAAUCAGCAGUCUUCCUCAGAGACUGGAUCAUCCUCGUCUUCAGAAGAUGAAGGGCCGAAGAGAGCGAGCGGGGGCGCCCCAGGGGCAGCAGCCAGAAACGGGGAGAUCAAGAGGCGACGGAGCCAUUCGCCCUCCUCCCCGAGAAGACGCCACAGGGACGUGUCCCCAAGGAUGGCGAUGGGGAAGAGGUGGCAGUCUCCUGUACAAAACAGGAGACGACGGACCCCUUCGCCCCCAGGACGACGCCACCGCACCCCUUCCCCUCCCCGACGACGCAGGUCACCCUCUCCUCCACCCAGACGCAGGUCUCCCACCCCGCCCCCUCGUAGACGCUCUCCCUCCCCAAGACGCUACUCUCCCCCCAUCCAAAGGCGCUACAGCCCCUCUCCCCUGCCACCACAGAAGCGAAGGGUGUCAGGCUCACCCCCACCCAAACGCCGGGCGUCCCCUUCUCCAGCACCGAAGCGUCGCUCCUCCAGGUCGCCCAAGCGCAGGAGCUCCCCGACCCUGAAGAGACGUACCCCGCCCUCGGCCUCCUCACCACCCCGCCCCAGGAGGAGCCCCCUGCUCCCCUCUAACCGGCCCGGCCGCGACCCCCGCUCCCCACCUCCACAGCACGGAAACCGCCUGUCACCCUCCCCUGCUGCCCGUGGGCGCGCCCUGCGAGGGUCGUCCAGCCCUCAGGGUCGCCACGGUCCCUCCACCACCCCUCCGCCGGUGCAGAGGCGACAGCAGUCCCCGUCCCCAAGUCACAGGCCCAUCCGUAGAGUGUCUCGGACACCCGAACCCAAGAAGACCAAGAAGGCGUCUCUAAGCCCCCAGCCGGUGAGGAGGAUGCCCUCUCGGUCACCGUCAGGAUCCCCGGAACCGCCAGCCAAAAAGCGUCCUGCAGCUCCCUCGGCCUCCCCCUCGCCGUCCCGCUCUGCAAGCGGGUCCCCACCACCCCUUGCCAAGAAGGCCAACAGUGGGUCAGGCAGCCCCUCUCCAGCCAAGAACUCUGAUACUGAAGCUGGGGGCAAAAAGAAGAAGAAGAAGAAGGAUAAGAAACACAAGAAGGACAAGAAGCAUAAGAAGCACAAGAAGCACAAGAAGGAGAAGAGUGGAGGCCCGGCCAGCGCAGCAGGGGACGUCCCGGAGGGUGGCGGACUCGAAGGGGACCCCGAUUCUGAUCCCAAAAAGGAUUCAGACAGUGAAGUAGACGACAGCCUAGAUGACCUGGAGAAGCACCUUCGAGAGAAGGCCCUUCGCUCCAUGAGGAAGGCGCAGACUUCCCCCUCCCAGUCCUGAGGACCUGAGACCGCCUCUCCCACUUUCCUGAAAUCUUCCAUUCUCUUUUUAAGUUUGUCAUGGUAACUUGGUUGAGCUUUAGAAUGUACAGUGCUGUUUACUCCCCUAGGUAUUUUUUUGUAUAGGGGUGGGGAAUUAACCGGUGGGGUGGGGUGGGGUAUGAAUAGACAAAAGAGGUGGGGCAGAACCGAGUUUGUUACAGCAGAGUCUUUUUUGCAAAGGAAAUGGAUUGGAUAAGUGUUCUGUUUUUUAUUUUGUCCCAGUCUUUUUUAAGAAGAUAGGGGAUCUUGCAUAGGUUUGUUUGCAUUAUGUGCAAGCUGAUGGUCCCUCUCCACCUGCUAUUACCAACCGUGAAAUUUUCUAUCUGCAUGUUUGCAGCAAAGCACUGAGUUUUUUCUUUCUUCUU